AUAAGCAAGACAAUAAACAAAGUAAAGAGAUUGGGUCCGAUCCAGUUCCCCGUCGGCCGCAUCGGGCGCUUCCUCAAGAAGGGCCGCUACGCGCAGCGCGUCGGCUCCGGCGCCCCCGUCUACCUCGCCGCAGUCCUCGAGUACCUCGCAGCGGAGGUCCUGGAGCUCGCCGGGAACGCCGCCAAGGACAACAAGAAGACCCGCAUCAUGCCGCGCCACCUGAUGCUCGCCAUCCGCAACGACGAGGAGUUCGGGAAGCUUCUGUCCGGAGUCACCAUCGCCCACGGCGGCGUCCUCCCCAACAUCCACUCCGUGCUGCUCCCCAAGAAGGCCGCUGAGAAGGCCGAGAAGGCUGCCGAGAAGGCCGAGAAGGCGGAGUCCUCCAAUUCAGGUCUGUCCUAUGACACCAAUGAGAUUGCUCUCAAGGAUGCAUUCUCUCAGCACGGCCAUGUCAUCGAAGUGAAAGUGAUAUGCCAUCCUGUGACGGGAAAAUCCAAAGGAUACGGUUUCGUCAAGUUCUCUUCGGAAGAUGAAGCAGCUGCAGCAUUGGAGAAGAUGAGUGAUGAGGUACUUGAUGGUAGGAACAUACGGGUGCGCUACGCAAACCGCGGAUGAUCUGCUGUUGCUGCUGCUGAUGAUGAGAUGAGUAAGG